GCAUUUUGCUGAGAAUUAUACAGUCUCUCGUGCUGCAGCUCAGUGGAAGUGAAAAAAAAAAUCUAUUUAGUUUGGUGAAAAUGGCGGGAAAAGCUGUGAUUCUGUGCUUUUGCGUGUUGGCGCUUUUCUUCGUAAAAUCAUUUGCCAUUACAGUCGACGAGGCAAAAAACUUGGCGAAAAUCUUCAGUGAGCCUUGCAAAGACAAGCAUCGCGUGUCGAAUGAGUUGAUUGAGGGCGUGAACAAGGGCGAUUUUCCGGACAACAGAAGCCUGAAAUGCUACGCUAAUUGCAUGCUCGAGCUGACGCAGACAGUGGCCAGAGGCAGGAUCAACUACAGGAUGUCUCUCGCGCAGAUCGACCUGUUCAUGCCCGAGGAAAUGAAGGAGCCAGCGAGGAUGACUUUGGAAGCCUGCAGAGGAUCAAUGAAGGGCUUCAAGGAUCACUGCGAAGCGAGCUACAAUUACGUCCAGUGUAUGUACAAAGUCAACAGAAAAUACUUCUUUUUCCCCUAGGAGCCUAGAAUCUGUCCAGCGGAGCCUUAAAUACUCGAGAGAUGUUCUACAAACAAAUUUGUCAGAGAAUUAAUUUAUCACAAUUACUCUACAUACUAAUUAUCCAUCAAUUUCAAUAUAAUAACUGAUUUGUCAGAGAUUA